UGCUGGCCUGAAUGAGAGCCGACAGCCGCAAAGCCAUGGCCAGCGAUGAUCCAAAUGUUCGGCGACGAAUAAACGGAAAGAGGCCUCCACCCACCAAUGAUGUCUUACCUUUGCACACCUUGGUCAUCAACUUGGACCGGCGGAAGGAUCGUUGGGAAGGCAUUUCCAAUCGACUGAAGGAGUUCCAGGCGUCUCCUCCACUUCUAAGUGUCCACCGCUUCCAAGCGACUGAUGGCUUGACAGAUGAGGUUCCCCUGGAUGCAGUUGGAAGCUGCUGGAACACGAGCCGCAAUGCAAAGUUCGACGGUCGACAAGGAUACCGUGCCGAUGUGGAGCUUCAGAUGACGCAUGGAGAAAGAGGCUGUGCGAUGUCGCAUGUUCGCGCUUGGCGCACAGUCGCUGGCCGCAUCACGCCAGUCCUCGUCAUGGAGGAUGAUGCGGUACCUACAAAGAGCUUUGGACAGCGCUUGCGUCAGAAGCUACCAGAAGCAGAAGCCCUUGGAGCAGAUGUGCUGUACCUGGGACACAUCCCAGGUGCCCCAUGGAGGCAGAAGAAGAAACCUGGACUUUACGAAGCUGAGUAUCUUUGGACGACGGUUGCCUACGUACUAUGGCCCCAUGGAGCAAAAAAGCUUCUAGAGCUCCUGCCGGUUGAUGAGCCGGUAGACAACUUCAUGGCAUGGCAAAUGGCACAAAGGUUGUGAAGCAGGCCGACUCUGGGCUCUGUCGACAGACCUCACAACUUCUCCCUGGCUACUCCUUGCCUCGCUCGAUCGCCCGAUGUGCGGCUAUAGCGCUACGUGUAACACGCAUAAAACUAAAUGUAGCACUUUAUGUAGCACUUUAUGUGGUGCUUUAUGUAGUGCUGUAUGUAGCACCAGAUGCAGCGAAUGUGUAGUGCGCAGCCAAUUUGUAGCCUUUCUCGCCGUCGAUGUUUGUAGAUGUCUGCAGGAGCUCCCCUGGGAUCAAGCCUCCGAUGUGCCACACUCCGAUGACACUGUGCUUGAAAGCACAGAAAACACGGAAAGCACGGCAAGUGAAAAUGGAUGACCGUUGCGAUGUGAGCACAGUGAGCACAGUAUACCGCAU